AUGAGCAGAAACGGAGCUCCGGGAGCGCAGGAUGCGGCGCAGAAGAGCAGCAGUACCGCCGCUCCUCCUCUUCCUCCACCCCAUCACCCUGAUCCUCAUGCUCAUCAUCCCGGGGAGACCCGAAUCCCUCCGGAACCGAGCGCGCAGGACGCACCGACCUCUUCCUCACCCUCUUCCUCCUCCUCCGCCGGGCGCGUGGCGCGGACCUGGGUGCGCUUCGCCAAAGCCUUCGUGCUCAUCUUCCCCGUGUACGCGCUCGGAUACUUCGAGUUCAGCGUCAGCUGGUUACUGAUCGGCCUCGCCAUCUUCUUCUUCUGGAGGAGGAACGCGUGCGGUAAGAGCUCCAGGCUGAGCCGAGCGCUGGCGUGUCUCCAGCAGCAGGAGAUGGAGAUGGAGAUGAAGGAAGAGGAGGAGAAGAGGAGCAGAGCCGCGCGCGCACUCGACACCACCGAGCUGCCCUCAUGGGUUCACUAUCCAGACGUGGAGAGAGUAGAGUGGGUCAACAAGACGGUGAAUCAGAUCUGGCCGUACGCAUGUCGCUUCCUGGAGAAACUCUUUCGGGAGAGCAUCGAGCCAGCGGUGAAAGGAGCGAACACACACCUCAGCACCUUUUCCUUCACCAGGAUAGAGCUGGGGGACAAGCCUCUCAGGGUCAACGGGGUCAAAGUUUACACCGAUAACGUGGACACGCGUCAGAUCAUCAUGGACCUCCAGAUCAGCUUCGUUGCAAACACCGAAAUCGAGAUGGACAUCAAGCGAUAUUACUGCAAAGCUGGAAUUAAAAGCAUACAGCUCCACGGUGUGUUGCGGGUGGUGUUGGAGCCACUGAUGGGGAAAAUGCCGCUGGUCGGUGCCUUCUCUUUCUUCUUCCUCAAGAAACCGCUCCUGGACGUGGGCUGGGCCGGACUCACCAACAUCCUGGACAUUCCUGGCCUUAAUGGAUUCUCGGACAGCCUGAUCCAGGACGUUAUCUCCAGAUACCUGGUGCUGCCGAACAGGAUCACCGUGCCACUAGUGGGUGACAUAGAGCUGGAGCAGCUGCGGUUUCCCAUGCCUAAGGGUGUAUUAAGGAUCCACUUCCUGGAAGCACAAAAUCUCGAGGGGAAGGACAAGUUCUUCGGUGGUCUGAUCAAGGGCAAAUCAGACCCGUACGGAGUCGUCCAGGUCGCUAAUCAGAUUUUUCAGAGCAAAACCAUUAAAGAGUGUUUAAACCCGAAGUGGAACGAAGUGUUUGAGGCGGCGGUGUAUGAACAUUCUGGACAGCAUCUAGAGAUCGAGCUGUUUGAUGAAGACCCAGACAAAGACGACUUCCUGGGCAGUCUAAUGAUUGAUCUGACCAAGCUUCACAAGGAGCAAAAAGUUGAAGAGUGGUUUGACCUAGAGGAAGUCUCCAGUGGAAAACUGCAUCUGAGGCUCGAGUGGCUUUCACUGUGGUCAGGUGCUGAUAAAUUACAGCAGGCCCUGUGGAGUAUCAGGACCAAUGACAGUUUGUCUUCUGCGCUGUUGAUGGUUUACCUCGAUUCUGCCCGGAACCUUCCGAGUGUGUUCGAGGGCAGCUUCGGCUGCGGGAACGAGCGGGGCAGGAGAGGGUCCGGUCUGGUGUUUUGCGAGGACUCGUCUUCUCUCUGUAGAUCGUUACUUUCUGGGAGGAAGGUGAACAGUGACCCGAGCCCUUACGUCCAGUUAACAGUAGGACAGAAGACACUCGGGAGCAAGGUGCGCUAUAAGACGUGUGAGCCGCUAUGGGAGGAGGCAUUUACCUUCCUGGUUCAUAACCCACACACUCAGGAACUACAGGUGGAGGUAAAGGAUGACAAGCACAAGUGCAUGCUGGGUAACGUGCGAGUGGCAUUAGCACGUCUCCUGAAGGAUGAGGACAUGACACUGGUGCAGCAGUUCCCCCUGAACAGCUCCGGCCCAAACAGCACACUCAAACUCAAGCUGGUGCUCAGGAUGCUUUGUCUUGAAAAGGAGACCACAUCGGGUCAACCGUCCUUAGUCCAAGUCCAACAAACCAACCAGAGUGUUACGAUGUCACAUACAAACACUACCACCACCACUACCACACACUCCACCCCUACCACACACUCCACUUCCACCACACACUCCACCCCCACUACACACACAACCCCCUGCAACUCUUCUACCCCCACUGGGGUCACGCUGCGGGGUAAGAGAGGCUCGGAGGGCUCACCGGUGAGCCUGGUUCAGACCGAAACGAGAGACUCGCCACGAAGAGACUCAACACGAAGGAAUUCAACACGCCGGAACUCAACACGCAGAAACUCAACACAGAGAGACUCAACACACAGAGACUCAACACAAAGUCUGGCAUCGGAUGCUUCACUACCCUCAGCUUCUCUGGAGCUACAACACAGACUGGCACAGCUGCAGAAUGGCUCUAUGCAGUAUCCUCUAGGGGAAGUGCAGCUGACGAUCAGACACAGUUCUCAAAGGAACAAACUUAUUGUUGUGGUGCAUGCUUGCCGUAACCUGAUCUCUCUGGGGAAAGAUAGCUCGGACCCUUACAUCCGUCUCUACCUGCUGCCGGAUAAGAGCCGAAGCGGCCGACGGAAAACCAGCACCAUGAGGAAGAACCUCAACCCCAUCUACGACCAGUCGUUUGAGUUCAUUGUGUCGGCGGUGGAGCUGCACAGGAGGACACUGGACGUAGCCGUGAAGAACGCAGGGGGAUUGCUGUCCAAAAAUAAAGGCCUGCUGGGCAAGGUUCUUGUGGAUUUGGCAAGUGAAGAGAUUUCUAAAGGGUUGACACGAUGGUAUGAUCUGAGUGCAGAUGGAUCUUAGCAGACUGAUGGUGUGAUAAAGGGAUAAAAGAAAAGAUGAAACUGUGAACGUCAACGAAACCAGGCUAAUGAAACCAGGCUGCUUCUGCUGGGACUACACACACACACACACACACACACACACACAUUUAUAUAUAGAUAGCAAUGACAGCAUGUGUGUGUAUAUAUAUAUAUACCUGUGACACACACACAGUCACUGCAUUCUCUUACAUUCACUGACAUCAUUUCUAUUCUGUCUGAACAAAAAUUCCCUUUCACACACACAUCUACACACUCUACACACUCUACACACAUCUACACACUCUGCACACAUCUACACACUCUAUACACAUCUACACACUCUACACACUCUAUACACAUCUACACACAUCUACACACAUCUACACACUCUACACACAUCUACACACUCUACACACAUCUACACACUCUACACACAUCUACACACAUCUACACACUCUGCACACAUCUACACACUCUACACACUCUACACACUCUGCACACAUCUACACACUCUAUACACAUCUACACACAUCUACA